UGCCCUAUAGUUGUGCGCGGAUCUGACGCCUGACGUAAUUGCGCCGACGCCAUUUUAGCCGGUCCCACACGCACUGAACGUGGCGGCCAUUUUGUUUUGGACGCCGAGCGGGAGUUGGCGGCGGCGGCGGCAGCUGUGGUGGCACAGACGAAAGGCAGGAAAGGGCAGGCCCAGCGAGCAGGCGGAUCGGCCGACUAGACAGGCAACCAACAACAACAAACUAACCUUGCAAUCUACCGCUUACGCGUCUAACCAACCGCCCACCUAGUUAACCCGAGUCCCUCCACCGUCAACUGAGGUUCGGCCGGUCCCCGGCCCGCCUGCCGCAGCCGUGGUGGCAGCCCCGGGCGGAGCACUGGCGUCCGUUUCCUUCGAUUCUCGGGAUUUGAAGAUGGCUGCACAAUCAGCGCCGAAAGUUGUGCUAAAAAGCACCACCAAGAUGUCUCUAAAUGAGCGCUUUACUAAUAUGCUGAAGAACAAACAACCGAUGCCAGUGAAUAUUCGGGCUUCGAUGCAGCAACAACAGCAGCUAGCCAGUGCCAGAAACAGAAGACUGGCCCAGCAGAUGGAGAAUAGACCCUCUGUCCAGGCAGCAUUAAAACUUAAGCAGAAGAGCUUAAAGCAGCGCCUGGGUAAAAGUAACAUCCAGGCACGGUUAGGCCGACCCAUAGGGGCCCUGGCCAGGGGAGCAAUCGGAGGACGAGGCCUACCCAUAAUCCAGAGAGGCUUGCCCAGAGGAGGACUGCGUGGGGGACGUGCCACCAGAACCCUACUUAGGGGCGGGAUGUCGCUCCGAGGUCAAAACCUGCUCCGAGGUGGACGAGCCGUAGCUCCCCGAAUGGGCUUAAGAAGAGGUGGUGUUCGAGGUCGUGGAGGUCCUGGGAGAGGGGGCCUAGGGCGUGGAGCUAUGGGUCGUGGCGGAAUCGGUGGUAGAGGUCGGGGUAUGAUAGGUCGGGGAAGAGGGGGCUUUGGAGGCCGAGGCCGAGGCCGUGGACGAGGGAGAGGUGCCCUUGCUCGCCCUGUGUUGACCAAGGAGCAGCUGGACAACCAAUUGGAUGCAUACAUGUCGAAAACGAAAGGACACCUGGAUGCCGAGUUGGAUGCCUACAUGGCACAGACAGAUCCUGAAACCACUGAUUGAAGCCUGCCCACCCUCCUGUGAGAGACUCUUAUUAAAGUCACCACAUCUGUAAAUAAUCUUCACAUAACAGAUGAGAAGAAACUUGAUUGAUGCUGGAUGGACCUAUCACAAUAGGCUCUGGACUUACCACCAGUUUGCGCAUUUAGGUGUUCCUUUCUCUUUUUGAUACUGUGUUGUAUGAAACUUUUUCCUUUGAUUUGGUUGGGGUUUUGUGUUUUUUUGUUUUCCUCCUUUGCUCAGACUUCUCUUUGAACACAAAUGUGUUGGCCUCAUGGCUAGAACACCCUCUUCCUACCUCUGCCUCCCAUCAACUGUCAUGGGCUCUGACACACUAACAUUUCUUCUCUUCAUCUCUUUGCUCCUGCAGAAAGAUCCCAGAAAGAGCCAGCGUUCUCCAUGAUGCCUAGGUUUCUGAGGUUGUAGAGUUCUGUUCUACAUCCUGUUUAAUAGCCCCUUAGGAGUGUUUAGAAUAUCUGGAGUUCAAAACUGCAUUCUGCUACAUUGAUAAUUUAGUGUAGUAAAUUGGGAACGUUGACAUCCCUAUAGGGCCACAUAACAGGUUACAUGUGGUAGCAGCUCUGAUUUGAUUGAAGUUACUACCAUGUGCAUUGACCCCCCCACAUAAAUGAUGACCAUUUGUGCUGGGUUGAGUAUGUGUACUUUUCUACCCUAAUAGGAGAUUUGAAAACUUUCUCUUGGCUUUAUAUCAUAUCCCUAAGGGGUCCUAUUGGGUUGGCUUACACUUGCAAUAUAGAGGGAGAAGCCAUUUGGUUUGACAGGCUUUGUCAGAGGAAGAAGGGUGAGAGAAUGGUGGUAGAUGAACUGCUGGGAGGAGUCAGAAGAUAACCCAUGCGGAAAUGCAGUUAUCUUCAUGUUUAUCCCACACCGAUGUUGGGCUUUUCCUCUCGAUGGCUUUGUUUGACCCUGUUUGUAUCUUCCUGGAAGGUUUAAGUUCAGCCAUAUUCUGUCAACUGUUCCAGUUUCAGUGGAAUCUUGUAUUUCUGGUUAAUUAUAACAAAUUGUUCUCUCAAAUCCA